UCGAGAAGGACGUUGGGACGUUCGGCACUACAUAAUGUUGCUGCAAUAUUUGCAAGGUGUUCUGUCCGCAAACGUGGCCAGCACAUUUAAAAGGUCGACCUGAAGUUGCCCAUCGUGUCCGACUUGCCGAUCUUGCGGCGUCAUGAAAGGCUUACUAUUCUCAAAGUCAUGGCAUUCUGUCUCCAUUGCGCUGCAUCUUCUUCUCGUUUUCUUAUAUGCGAGUCUAGUGCUCAUCUGGGCUCGUCAUUAUGAGCAUGCUGUCGUUGUGCCGCUGGAAAAAGGUAGCAAUGUAUCGACGCGCAUCGUUGUGGCGUCCCAGAUCUUCGUGAUAGCGUAUACUGCAGCGCUACUCUUCCUGACGCAACGCCUCGCUCUGCAGAGUUUGAUACUGCGUCGCCACACUUUCACUGCAAUCCACGACGUCGCUAGCGCUUGGACCGGGGUAGGCUCUGCAGUAUUGAGUCUAUGGAGGCAGCUGUUCAUUCCGGCGGCGGUAAUUGGCACCUCUGGCGUGACCGUGUAUUUGCUCUGCCUCUCGGUACUGCACAUCAGUACUCCGUCCCUCUUCUCAAUGGCCGCCUACAACCAGACGAGUGUUGUGCACGUGGAUUUUACCAGAGGCAUGCCGCAGGUUCAAAAUACGUCCACCCCAGGAUCUACGAACCCCUUAGACGUUUGGGCCGCUGCUUGCGAACUACUACCAUAUCUUGUGCUGGUUGGACAUCAGUCAACCCUGGGAUUGGAGAACAGCUCGGUCUACGACAUUUUGGAUCCGAACAUCGGGAUCGGAAACGUCACAGUCGGUGCCACGACAGCAAACAUAACGUGUGGCACCAUAUCGAACGCCAACGCGAUGCAAAAUUCUGAGGAUGAGUAUAUAUGGUCAGUGGAUGCGGCGUACAACGGGUACAAUAUCAGUUUUAGCCUAGACGGUAUAUUCAGAGAAAAAGCUGUUAAGCAGUAUACGUGGUACGAUGAGCUUGAGAAUGCAACGUUAAUACAAGGCCAUAAUGCGAUUUUUGUAACGACGUUCAACGUUGUGGAUGAUGCGGGGCAUAACGGCUCCUAUAUUUCAGGUUACAAUUAUACAGACCUUCAAAUUAUUGGUUGCACGAUGUCGUUGCAGCAUAUGAACGCAAUCGUCGAUGCCAGCACGAGAUAUGUGGUCGCGCUUCAGCAAGAUGCUAGCCGGUCAGCAGAUUGGGCUGCAUGGGCACCUGCCAUACAGGCAUACGCGGGUCAAUAUGAGAAUCUCCAGACUGACUCAUGGUCGGACAUGCUCGAGAGCGCUCAGAGUGGUACUUAUCCGAUUGCCACUACUUCGUCGAAAAGCACCGGGAAUCCUUAUAUCGAUGCGCUUCAAACCGAACAAUACCUCAUGCAGGUUCUCUCUGCAGCUUCUAACACGAGCGCUAUCACGCUGAAGCAGUUCGAAAAUGCCCUAGGCGACUUGACAGCGUCGUUGUUCUGGGCAGCGACUCAUGUCCUGCCGGACAGCACCCGAGGUGAUUACCUCGAAAUAGUUCGCGGGGUGACCAGCGCUUCGUUGACAAUGUCUCGCCUGAACCUCAAUUUGACAGCAAUUAUAUUCGGACUGAGCGCCUCCGUGCUUCUUCUUAUCCUCGGAAUUGCCUUAACUCAUGGUGCAAGUAAAGGGGUCGAUCUCCAAUCCGUGGACGCUAUGGGCGUCCUUCAGUUCAUGUGGCUGGUCUCGGAAAACACGCCUUUGCAGAGCGAGGUAGCACGCGUGAACGAGCCGACAACAAGCAGGCUGCGCAAAGCUGGGAUGGUAGAACUGGACAGCGCUAGUAGGAUGUCGCGCGGCAGUUGGAUCGACAUGACUUACAGUCCUUUGGAGCUCAAGGAUGAUCGUUCCUUGUCUCCCCUACGCAGACUUUAAAUAUAUCCUCUGAGGGAGUUCCUAGGGGCUCAUGUCUUCUAUCAGGACGGUGCUUCCGCUCAGGUUGACCUAGGAUUCUGUUGAAAGGACUAUAUUCCCGAAUAUUUCUUUAGUCUACGGCGGAGAGCUAUAUCUUCUUUCAGAGCAUUUUAGCAUGUAGACCACCAACAGUCAAAAUUUCCAGUAUGUGUGCCUUUUUAUGUUGUUUCUCUAGUGGUCUUUCUGUAACGCAGCUUUCUCUGGCAUGUAGCAUCAUAUGCGCAGCCACCUAAGACUCAAAUGGUAUCUGGUUCGCAC